AUGGCUCAGGAACAUGGUCAUCAACUAUCUUAUGCCCUCCUCUUCCUCUUCUUUUUCCUUCUUGUGUCCACUGAGAUGCUUAUGGUGGAAGGAAACGUUUGCAAGAGGCGAAGCAAAACAUGGACAGGGUUUUGUGGAAACUCUGGACACUGUAACAGCCAGUGCAGGAUCUGGAGUGCGCAACAUUGAACUUGUCACGCCCAAUUUCCAGGAUUUGCUUGCUUCUGUUACUUCACAUGUUGA